GGGGCACAAUUUUGAGUUGUUUGUUAUCAACUGAAUUAAUCUCUUUAAAUUUGUGUUUUAGUUAUUCAGAGACGAGUAUAUUAAUCGAUUUUAUUAAAACGGAAUCUAGUUAUCUAUAGCUUUCAAUCUAAAUGACUAUUUUUUUUAAGCAAAACACUAGAAAAGUUGCACCACGUUCAUAUCUAAAAAUGUCACCACAUCAUUUUCAUAAUUCCAAAAAUAAAAUAAAAAAUUCGACAAAAAUGUAGGUAGUAUUUGAAUGUGUAGGUAGUAAUCGAAUGGCUUUGCUUUGCCCACAUAUACCUCUUCCUCUCUCAUCAUAAACAUCCCUCCUCAGCCAAAUAGAUCAAACAUUAUCCAUCACUCUCUCCAAAUUCGCCGUCGCGAUGUUCGUGUCAGUGCUGCUGAAGUUCCUGUACCCGCCGCCGGUGAGCGUGGUGAUAAUGGCGAUGUCGGUGAUCAAUGUGCUGUCGAUGUGCAACGCGGGGUGGAUGGAGGUGAAGGGGAAGAAUAUGCAGUACUCGAAGCUGCUGCGCGCGGACGACAUCAAGGCGAAGGAGAAGCCUAGAGUUUCUGGAAAAGUAGGGAUGAUCGCAGUCUACACGCCGGCGUUUUUGGCCGGAGUUUUCUCUCUCGUCGCCUUCCCUCUCGGAGAUCUGCGGUUCACGCUGCUGCGUGGUGCUAUCACCACGCAUUUCUUCAAACGACUCGUUGAGGUUCUAUUCGUUCACAAAUUCAGUGCAAUGAUGGAAACCGAAGCCAUGUUCGCCAUCUCCACGAGCUACUUCCUCACCUCGGCAACCAUGAUCUACAAUCAACAACUUAUGCUACAACUCCAAGAGCCUUCUGUCGAUCUCAAAUACAUAGGAGCGGCAUUAUUUUUAGUUGGAAUUGGUGGGAAUUUCUACCACCAUUUUCUUCUAUCAAAAUUGAGAAACAAAGGUGAAAAACAGUACAAAAUUCCACAAGGUGGCCUCUUCUCUUUAGUGAUAUGCCCCCACUAUUUUUUCGAAAUCAUUGGAUUUUGGGGAAUUUCUUGCAUUUCACAGACAGUUUUUUCGGUUUGUGUUGGUUUGAGCACAACCUUUUAUUUGAUGGGUAGGAGUCAUGCCACUAGAAGAUGGUAUCAAUCCAAAUUUGAGGAUUUUCCUAAAGAUGUGAAGGCUUUGAUUCCUUUUAUAUUUUAAGAUAACGAGUAUAUGUUGAUUUGUUCAUCCAUUACUUUUCUUAUGUAAGAGUUUCAGAUUGAUCAUUUUGCUUUUGUCAUUUAUUGAUUUCAAUAUUGUUUCUA